GGAUCAAUAUUACCAAAUCAGUUUUGCAGGGGCGUUAUCUCUGGCUCUAAAGUCUAUUUUUUUUCUAAGUCAUGCCACGUUUGAGAUUACGCCUGUGAUGGGCUGAGCCAUCAUCCUCCUCUCGCUCACACUCAGCUGCCGCCCAGACUGUGCCGCUCAGACAGAGGGGCUGGUCGAAAAGUUACCAAAGUUGCCUUGCCUUCUUUUAUUUGUUUCUUUAUUUGACAUUGUCAUCGCGAACACCUCCUCAUUCUGCUGUUCACCGGGCCCGCCGCAGCAUGCUGGACUGACGGCUAAGAGGAAUGGCAUCGGCUGUGUUUGAAGGGACGUCCCUGGUCAACAUGUUCGUCCGGGACUGCUGGGUUAACGGGAUCCGGAGACUUAUCAUCAGUCAGAGCGGAGAGGAAGAGGAGUUUUUCGAGAUCAGGACCGAGUGGUCUGACAGGAACAUUUUAUACUUGCAUCGGAGUUACUCUGAUCUCGGGCGACUGUUUAAGAGACUGGUGGAGUCUUUUCCGGAGGACAGACGAGAUCUGUCCAAAUCUCCACUGAUAGAAGGGCUGGUGAAAAUCAAAGAAGCGACCGACAUUGAGGAGAAGUUAAACGAAGUGGAAAGGCUACUGAAGAAUGCAAUCAACAUGCCAUGCAAGUAUUCCAGAUCAGAGGUGAUGCUGACUUUCUUUGAGCGGUCGCCCCUGGAUCAGGUGUUAAGGAACGACAAAGUCCACAGAAUCCAGCCAUGCUUUGACAGUCCAAUCAAGAUAUCAGAAAUCAUGCGGUCCAAUGGAUUCUGUCUGGCCAACACAGAAACCAUCGUGUUCGAUCACAGUAUCCCCGAAGAAAAAGAGAGACCUUCAUCGACCGACUCUGUAGAACAUACGUAUGAAGAUGGAACAGAGUUUUUGCCAUUGGAAACAGAUGUGUGUGAUGAAGAAACAGAAGCAUAUGUCACCAACCUCUCCUACUACCAUCUGGUCCCAUUUGAAACAGACAUCCUGGAAUGAGCAUUGAUCUACCAGAUGCUUGUCGAUGAUGGCUUGUCACGCUGUAAUAUGUAGUCCUCAGUGGAACUCAACUAUGCAAUGCUGCACACCAUGUAGCUGCUGUUUAUUCCAGCGACUUUAAGAACUUUUUAAAUAAGCAUUGGUCAUUUUGGAGUUGGCUGGGUGUACAGUAUGCACAGUAGUAUUAGAGGAGCGCUACAGCAGCACGCCUUUGUUUUCAUCCACUUUAUGUGACGUCACCGAUGUGCCUCAUCCAGAGCCUUACUUUUUUUUUCACUUCAAAAGGCUUUCAGGUGAUGUACCUGAGGCAGCCACACGGUAUAGAUCCCCAGUCCUCAGUGACACUUUUAACGUGCUGUUUGGCCACUUAGAAGGACUAAAAUCUGUGGGUUGGAGCGUGAUUGUAGUGGCGACUACGCAACAGCUGAAAUUAGUAAGCAAAAGUAAUUUAUGGAAGCAUUCAUGAUUUCUUCUCAUUGAGAUUUGUUUUUCUUUUAUUCUCUCAUGGACCUAAGAGAUGGAUCUUUAAGGUUUAUCGUGUUCUCUGAUUCCUGAAGUGAUGCUACUUGGGAAAAAAACCUAAAAACAGUUAAGGAGAUUUUUAUAGGAUUUUUGUGUGUGGUGCAGUUUCAACCAGCAUUAAGCAAGUUGUUCUGGUUUUUGUAAAAGCUUAAGACUCACAGGAAAACUCUGAUUUUGUUGCUGUGUCGUGCAGCAGGAUCUUUGGUAUGAGAGUACGCUGAAAGCUGAAUGAAACUAGAAAACAUGGGCUCUGAUGGUAGACAAUUGUGGAAUUUAGCUAGUCUUGGAGAUUUUACUUGUGACAAAUUGUUACAAUUGCUAAAUUAAAGGCACUAAAGUGUGCGCAGUGCUCUUUCAAUCCUGUUUGACCAGUCAAAUAAACACAAGUCCACAAACUGGGAGGCAGGGUUUUCAAUUUUGUAUCUGUCCAAGGACUGAACCACAGAGGUUUUGAUUUUGAUGGUGAAUUGAGCAAGAAUUAUGUCAUCUUAUCCUCCAGCAGCAUAAACAUCAGCAGGGGAUUCAUUUUCAUGUUUCAGUUGGGCCUUGGACUGCUGUCAGUUGAAAUAAUAUAAACAAAAUGCAAAGUUUGGUUAUUAUGUUGUUGCUUUGUGUUCAAAUGAAUGUUGCCGUUUGAUGUUGAUGAGAAUUUUUUUGUAUUAUGUUUUGUCUGAAUUAUGAAUUGUGAUGUUAGACAUGUAGCUUCAUAAUAAUGCUCAUUUUUUGUCCAUAAAGGAAUAAUUUGGUGUCAAGAGUGAGUGUAGCCUGUGGAAAACUGAAUCGUGUCACUGCUGUUGUUGUUUUCUGAUGAGCGAUAAAAUGGGGCAAAGAAAGCUUUGUUUAAAGGCUCCAUUGAGGUCACUUUUGUAAGAUGACAUGAGUGGGUUCAGUCAGACAGCAGAGUGUGGGAGUCUACAGCUUGGCCUGUGAUGGCGGAACAAGUCCUCUCUUUAUGUAAAGAAGACAAACAACUUUGCUGUACUACAAGUUUCUAGAUGAAAAGUUGUGUAGAAAGGCAAACAAUUGGUUAAAAUUCACGCCUUUGUAUGUUUGUAUUAUAAGGAGGGCACUUUUACUUCUGAAACUGAGAACUCAGCGGUGCAUUGCAGAUGCUUUGAAUGUGACCCAAAUACUAAAAAUGUAUAUUUGUGUUGUGUUAGCUGUCUUUGCUUCAGCAGUUUUGUCACCGCAGGAGUCACCGUGGCCUUACAAUGUAACUUAACAGCUUGUGUCCAGGUUCCUGCCCUUCCAAAUACAAAGGCAUUCAGCCCUCCACAAACUUGGCACAUGAGCCGUCAGCAUGGCGAUCCUCCACAUGAAUGUGUUUAGUAACACAGUCAUGAUUGCUAUUCACCCCGUGAGAAAGUACAGCUCUUUCACAGGGUACAAAAGUAUUUCAUGCUUUCUCUUCUUGCUUUUUGACCAAGAAUGACGUGCUGAUUUUGUACAUAAGCAUUUCUGUCUAAGGUGCAAGAAAACUGGAAUUUCCCUCUAAAAUUUCUGGACCAAGAUUUUGUUCUACAAGAAAUUGUCUGAUGUUGAUGAAUGAGCAUAGGAGUUCAUAUUUAAUAAUCAAAAAUCCAGCAAGACCUCUGCCUUCUUUACAACUCUUUUGCAAGCUUAUGGCAUUCAGUUUACUUUGAAUAUGAAGUUCUGAAAUGGUACUCAACGCAUUCAAUGCAAUGAGGAAAAACACAACACAACGCUGGUACUCCAGUGCCAGUGAAACUGAAACAAAGCUACAUGCCUGGUGUGCCAGCCAGAGGUUUGAAGAGAGACAAGUGAAGACAAUAGGAAAAUAAAGUUACACAAAAUAUUCUUAUUUAUUUUGUAAAUUUCAGCCACACUCUGUGAAGCUAACCAUUCUAUGCCUUGUAAUGUAUUGUAUAUUUACUUGUGUGCAUCAUAUGUGAGAUGAACCUUUGGUUUGUAAAUAUGAAUCAUAAUUAUAAACUUCCAAGAUGAAGUCUAUGUGCAAACAUGUUUGAUAACCUUAAAGAUAUUCAAUAUUAGAUACAAAUUAUUAUUCUAAAAACCUUCUCAAAACAAACAAAUAAAUAUGUUUUCAAUAAAACAAA